AUGACGCCCAGCGCCAUGCCCGGCCAACACCACCGCGGCGGAGGCACUAAGAGCUUGCCAAGCUUGCCCUCGUUUGAGAUUCCAUCUUUCGACUCGACGCCUGAUUUCGACUCAAAAUUAUACUUGGACGAGAGGAUUGUUGCGCCGACGCAGGUCCUCAAUGAAAAGAAAGCCGCAGCCGUCAAUGUCGAAGCCGUGCGCACUCCCAACGAUGAGAAGCCGAAGAUGCUCAGGAGGUACUCCUUGGUGGAGAGGCCCAAAUCCUGGCUCCCGGGUUCCAAGUCAGCGACCAGCAUCAGAGACUACCUGUCGGAACGUCCGAGCACAUCCGUUGGCGAGGAUGCUUCAGGCUCUGGCCUUGCCGCGCCUGCACCAAGCGCGCCAGAGCCGCCAAAGGCAGAAGUGGAUAGAUCGGCGAGGAAACGAACAGAUAGCUUCGCCAGCUUUGCACGAAAGGGAUGGAUGUCGUCGUCACGACCCCCCUCACCUCAACCCAGACACGAAAAGGUUGUAUCGCUGGGUGGCAUGAGCCGCGACAAGGCCUCGAAGAGCACAUCCGCCAUUGCGGCAACGACCACGAAACCCGCAACAAAGCAGCCAGCUGUGCACGUCUCAGACGCAGAGACCCCACGACCGGUUGACUCUACUAAGGGCACGACCCGCGCCUUUACUCGUGCCGGCAGUUACCUGACAUCAAAAAUGAAGGCUCGCCCGAAUAGCAUGCUCUUCCAGCUCGGCAACAACAACGACUCCGACUCGACGAGCUGCGCUUCUUCGGCCACCAGCCUAGCACCCCCGACGACGACAUUUACCAUCGAGCACCAAGGCACAUUCAAAACAGCCUCCUUCGCCGAAGGCAGCAUCACAUCCACCGACGAAUCCUCCAACGAAAUGGUGCCACAUCGAGAUCCUCUCUGGAGCGCUUUCAAGAAUCUGGACAUUGAGUUCGGCAAAUUUCACGCUCGAACGGCCACGCAACGCAUGCUUCUCAUCAGAACCACGCUCGUGGUGUUCCUGAGGACUUACAACAACCACGCGUCAAAUAAGAGUCUGUAUCCCGAGGAUGUCGAAUUCCGCACGACUGUCUUGGACAGGUGGUGGAAAGGCAUGCUCGACAUGGUGGACGCGCGGGAUCAGCAGCCGUUGCCAGGCGUGGACCGACCAAUUCUUCUCGAUGCCAUCCUCAUGAUCAUGAUGCGACCCGAAUGGAGACUGGUGACAACCUACAUGAUGCCCCUUGCAGACCGGUCACCAGCCGAACGAGUGCGCUCUCGCUCGUGGACUCAGUCCACGGAUUCGUCUCUCGCUUCCAGCCAGGCUGAAUUCCUAGCCGAAUCCGCCGAGCAUAAUGUGCGGACCAUGUUCGUUUCGAAUCUCUUGACACAGAUGGCCGUUGUGGUCGACAAAAUGUCCGUUCGUCACGCGCCGCUCAGCCUGGUCAACUUCUGUGGCAAAGCAUGCGCUUACGCCUUCUUCUUCGCGCCCGGUGCAGCUGACAUGAUGACCCGGCUAUGGGGCCUGACACCCGACCUCGUUCGACGUACGGCUGAUGAGUUUGGUCUGCCAAAGACCAACAACGGAGAGAGUGAUGAUAUCGUGGCGCUCUUUCCGCCGAGCUUGGGAUAUCUGGGCUGGACAGACGUGAGGACGGUGACCAAGCGUCUCAAAGGCGUGCCGAAGCUGUCGCUCGCCGCGGCGCGCAUCCCAUGGUUCAGUCCCUGGAUGUCGAGGUGGCGGGGUCGCGACACGGACCUGUUUUACAUCUUUUGCAAACAUUUCCAUAUUCUGAGCGAGGAAUUCAUGCCGCAAGGCCUCCCGCUUCUUGAAAAGGCCCGCUCGCCUGGUUUCGUCAUGGUCCAAGCCCAGGUGCUCUCCAACAUCGACUCGACCAUUCACCGAUCAGCCACCGCCGACAACAUGGGUAUUCCACCACUGUAUGAUGUAGCCUACGGCAUGGGAUGCCAAUACUCUUUCGACUUUGCGCCAUCCCGCCACACCUUUGCCGAGGCCAGCAUGGCCGUUUUGCGCGCUGCGAGCAAGAGGACGUCCCUUUUCGACCACAACUCGUGCUUUACGCUGUGCGACUUCCUUGAAGAAGCUCUGCUUGCGUACGAUCAUUUUGAGGACACCGACGACCCGAAUCUGGACUAUAUCGACUGGCCGUUCUGGUUCGAUGUGUGCAAGAAGAUGCUGGGGUCACACAACGCCAUGACGGAGAUACGGGCGUACUUUAUGCGACUUUUGUGCUGGAGAAUCUGUCGGGAUGCUGGCAGCGCUAACGAGAUUGAUGCCAAAAUCUUCAUGGUAGUAGCAGCCCGACUCAAGACGACAUGGUCCCAUUACUUGUACCUAAAGCAGACUGCCGAACAGUCUGGCAAGUUCCCUCCCUCGACGGCUCCAUGCCUCCCUACACCCGGCAAGAAGUUCAUGAUCAUCCGCACCGAACUCAACACACCCCAGCCGGGCCUCGGUCUCGGCUUUGACUCGUUUGCAAAGCUCAACAUCAACGGCUCCAGCCAAGUCAACUCUGGUCUCAUUGAUUCUGGCAAUGGUGGCGUCAAAUCUGACAAGAAGCGCUGGUCCCUCCUCGGCAAGGUUCUCUCGAUGACAGCCACGUCCGCAGGUUCUCCCACCGGGUCGGCAGGAAGCUCACCGAAGCGCAACAACAGCUGGGAAGACAACUUUGAGCAGGCGCGCAAAGAUCUUGCGGCCGCACGCACCACACCCCGACCGACGACUUCGCCCGCUGGGCCUCCUCCCCCGCCGAAGCCGACAGCAAACGGUUCUUCGGCCUCGGCUUCGUCCGAUGGCUCGUCGACGGGCUCGUCGCCACUGUUGCAGGAGCAGCAGUACGUCUUCAAGUUCAUCUUGGGCCUGCACAUCUAUCAGCCCAACCAGCCACGCGAGCGCAUUCUCGUCCGCCCGCGACUCCCCGCCCCCGCGCAGGCCUGGGUCACGACAAGAUCGCGCAGCGGCAGCUCCCCUCGCUUGCCGGCCGCUAGGAUGCCUGCGCCCACGCGCAAGGUCUCUGGCCUGAAAGAAGGUGGUCUCGUCAGUGGCGCCCGCAACGCGAGCCCUCUCUCGUCACCUCUGCGGCCGGAAGCCUCCCCACGACGGAUCAGCAACGAGCCGGCGCCGCAGCUGUCUUUCUCGGCGAGCUUUACGCAAUCCCUCAGCGAGCCGCUCGACCGCACGGCCGUUGAGGCCAUGGCGUCCGAGGGUCUCACCACCGGCGAUGACGACGCCGACGCUGACGACAUUCCUCUGGGCGAGUCGCUGACGCAGCCGGUCAAGCCGGUCGGGUUCUACGCUUCGACAGGCAUCUACACCGGCCGCUCUCUGGCGGAGUGGGGCGUCAUUGUCGCCGAAUGCAACGGUUUCAUCGACCGACGCAGGGACGAGGGCGUGCUGGGCCUCAGCGAGGUCGAGGUCCCGACGCUUGGUGUCGAAGGCCUGCAGCCUCUCCAGCGCCUCGGGUCGGUACACGUCGGCCGGCCGGUAGUGCUCCUCGAACUGCCGCGUCUCGGCCCCGAGCACCACGAAGCGCCUCUUCGACCGGACGAAAAUGUGCGCGUCCGGCUCCAGCACGUCGAGGCGGUCGAGCGUCGCGGCGCGCAGGUAGGCGAUCGGCCCCGUCUCGACGCCGCCGUAGAAGGACCAGACGGCGACGCUGCAGCGAGGGCAUCGAUGGAUCGUCUGCGCGGCGUGCGAGGCCGUGGGGGUCGGUACGCCGACUGUCUGGCCCUCCUCGCUUUUCCCGGCCGGGCCGCGGGUCGUGGCGGCGAUGCCGCUGGGCAGGGGACAGGCAGAGGGCUGGAGCGGGCCGAGGGGGGGUGUUGGUGCCCGGCAGGACGGGGGUCGCGGACGGGGCGGGGACAAUGUGCGCGGUCUCGAUGA